AGGGAAACAAAUCUGUUGUCUGCGAAACGUAAAGUAUAUCUGUUGUCUGCGAAACGCAAAAACUCUGUCUCUGUUUCUGUUGUCUGCUAAACGCGAAGGAUACUAUUUUCAUUGGUUUGCUGCAUUGUCAUUGAGUUUUCACCACGGAAAACGAAGCUCUCGGAGUGUUGCCCUUUUCUGCGUCUUCUUCACGGAACUUUGAGUUUCCCCCGUCUUCUUGACAACCUGCUUGUCGUGAAGGUACAGUGCCACUUUCAACUUCUACGGACCACGGGUUGCACCCUGUUCCCCAGCCAGAAUCAGCAACAAGCACUGCUGCGUCCGUCGUGCUAUCGUUGAGGUACAGCAGAUCCGCCAAAAAAAACGAAAGCCAAAUAUGUCCUCCGCACCAACGUCUUUCGCACGACAAACCAAUACCGGCGACGCAAAUGGGGGCAAGGGGAAGGGUAAAAAGAAGUACUCCUGGAGAAAAGUCACGACCCAGCGGCCUUCGAUGACCACGGGCGCAGGAGAGGAUACUACCUGCUACAUGAAGAAUGAAGCGAAGGGAAAGAAGAAGAAGAAGUUCUAUUGGAGAAAAGUUACGACCCAGCCCCCGUCAACCUCCACGAACGCAGAAGGAGACGACCAACAGCGGCUCAUCACAAAAGAACCUGCUCCAAGUGCGAAUGAUUUUUGUGCGAAAAACAAGAAGAGCAACGGCAACCUCGACAUCAAAAGCGCUAAUCUUCCGAAUGUGAGCGACUGUGACAAAUCACCUUCUGUGGUAGCGCGGCUAAAGGAUCAUGGUGGCGAGGGAGAUGAAACUCAUACCUCAACCUCCACAACGAGCAACGGCAGCACAAGCUGUGGCGGUACACCCGACAUACUUGCAGAAGUGAUAUCAGAGACGGAUCAGGAAAGUUGUGAGGACGGUAAUCAUGAUGAGGAGGAAAAAAACCCUUCCUUCAACAUCGCAAACAGGAAAAUGUCGCUCACAGAUUUGCCACUGGAGCUGAUUUUUGAGAUCGCGAGCUUCGUCGGACCUGAGGUUAAAUUGCAGUUUUUCGGCAAAAGUAGACCAGGUGUUACUGGUAAAAGAUCAACAUACUACCGUCCCCUGUCGGAGAAGCAGCUGGUUCCGUGGCUGGAUUUCUUCGGCCCCAGUUAUGUGCUGCAGAAUUUGGAACACGACAUUCACGAAUUUUUUACCGGGUUUCUCGGUCGGGAUGCGAAUAAUGAAGCGGAAAGUGUGGAAGAGAUUCAACGGAGAUCCACCAGUGAUAGGAGCAGGGGUAAAAUUGAUGCAAACGAACAUACCAGAAUGAGGAAGAGGAUUGUCAGCAGGCACAGAGAAGACGAACAAGCAAAUGAGAUGAAUGCUGCUCAACGUCUUGCUCACGGUUCUUCUUCUUCCUCCCCUUCACCAUCUCCAGCAGUUUCUCCACAUCAAAGUGCAAAAGACCAAGGUGAUACUAUUCUGACCAUACCGGAUGGGUUCGGCGGAACACUGAAAUUCGAGGCAGAGGACGUGCUGACCAGUCUCCCACUGUCGUCUUUCUCCUCCAGCUCGCACGACGGAACUUUCCCGGAGAAGUUUUUCUCCAUCAGAAUUUACUCCGACCUGUUCAAUUUUGCGCAAACGUGCAAGCAACUCUACGCGGAUUUGUGGCAAGACCCGGAGCACCUAUUCGCGAGCUUUUACUUUGAGAAUAUGUCUUGCAAAAGUAGGGUGUUGGUACGGAUAAAUCGUUGCACUGCAAAUUAAGAAAUUGUUUUCGGACGCAUGAUGCUUAAGAGAAAAAGCAAAAGUGCGAUUUCUAGUGAUGCUACAUCCGACAGGGAGGCUGCUUUGUCAUGCAGAUACAGUACUUAUUGCAAUUUCACUGACACCAGCACACUAACUUUUGGGCGGCAUAGGGGAGAGGAACGAACGAAAUAAUCCAAUCGCGGAGAAGAUGAUUCGUAAGAGGAACGAGCAGCAAAAGCGCCAGGAAGAUAAACGAAAUCAAGAAAACAACACGACGAGGACCACUAGUGGCGCUUCUUUUCCACGACCUCUCAGUGAAUUGAAAUUAGAACAAUUACCAUCGGAAAAUAAAUGUCUCUUGUUCAGUAACUCCAAUUUGUUUGGUCUCCCGGCGUUUUUGGAGUACAAAAUUUGGCACGCGGAGGUACGGAGACAGCGGGAGCUGGUGUUGCGCAGUUGCGCGGAGGUUUCCACUGGGACUGGCGUAGUUGCCAGCGCUACCAGUUCUAGCAGUAGGUCCUCUUCCUCUACUUCUGCUUCUCCCGAGAAAAGAGCGGAAUCAAAAGUAAAUCAACCAGAUCUACUGCUGUUGUCAAAAACAAAACAAGCAUCCGAUGAACAAAUAACCGAAUCGCGAAAAAUAACCGAAUUCGAUCGGAUUUGGGCUCUCGCGGGUGCGGCAACCACACUCCCGACGCGGUACGCAGGCACCGGCGUGGCUCCCUUUCACGGGAAUUUCGCAUCUUUCUGGGUGCGCUUCCAACAGGGCGGGCCGCUGUCGUUUGCUUUUCUCACGGAGCCCGAAUUGUUCUGCGGCUUGGUUUCGAUGGAGGAGGUGAAGCGACACUUUUUCUUCGAACAAUUGGUGUACGCGAAAAGAAUGGCCGCGAAAAUAAAGACGGCCGCGAAGAUGAAGCAGGAGGACAAGGAAAUAUUGAAAUUGGAGCAAUCAAAUUCAAGAACGGCAGAUCAUCAUGUUGCUGACACAUCACAAGAUGUUGACAGUGGCGGGCUAACUACCCUCCGAAAUUACACCGCCGCUGUCCAUCUCGACGGCGAAAGGAGAACCACGGUUGUAACGAGCAGAUUUAUUGAACCUGCUCCAAAUUCUUCGGGCUCCAACAAUAUUCCCCCGGUGGCUGCUCUCCACUUGCGGUGGUGCAGCCGAAUCGAACAGCAGCUGCGGGCUGCGCUGCUGCGCAAAAGGAUCUCGCGACAUGUGCGAAAGAUGGCCGAGGAGAGGCAGAGGACGGGGACGUCGGGGGAGACCGAAACCGCUGGGUUAGAAAAUAACGCAAAGGAAAUGCAGAGCAGCAUGGAAAAUGAAAACAAAAAGACAAACACGGAGAACACGAACACGACAGAGGAAAAUCAGCAGAAUUCUCCAUCUACUGCCGCCGCUUGUACCAAGACCAACCGCACAUCAACUACCGCUACCACUCUUGAAGAUGAACCAUCACGGAAUAGCCGCCCAAAAGGUGUGAGCAGAGGGACAUCAAGUGGAUCAUCUUCAGCAUCAUCUUCAUCUUCACUGCCAAGCAAAAAUGCGGAAGAAGAUGCAGUGGCUCCCCAGCAGGGUCCUACAGCAAAAAAAAACCCGGUGCUGAGCGCCACCUACGACGAAAUUUUUGCGAACCGGGAAUCCGCCGAGAGUUACAUCGCAUUGCUGGUAAAACAUGGGCCUGUUGAGGACGUCGAAGGGUAA